AUGGUAUAGUCUAAGUCGACUGCUCAGGACAAUCCUUCCCCAGCCAUAGGACCUCAAUCUCUUCCAGUUUACGGCUCAGUGCAACGUUUACCUAGUUGGCUGGACCUACCGUUAGCACGGGCCAUCCAGCUAAGGUGGGCUGAAAUCGAUGUUGCUCGGCUUGUCGAUGCCCAGCUGGACAGAGAGGCUGCGGCCCGACUUACAGAAACGGAUUCAGUUGAGGCUGAAGAGAUGCGAGAGCCGCACAAAGACUCCAUACUCGAGGAUAAUCAAAAUGGAAUUCAGCAAAGCGAUGAUGAGGAGGGAGACGAUGCCACUACAAAUACAACUACUACGACAGGCACUUCAAUCAAAACUGCUAGGUCUGAAACCGACGCUGCCUCAAAUUCCUCACCGUUAGAUAUGAAAAACCAAGGUAUCUACCAGGAUUCAAGCGAAGCUACAAGUGGUGCCGAAUCUGAAAACCAAAAUGGGCUGGAUCGCCGUGGCUAUAGACCUAAUCGCGGAAGAAAGCAACGAAGUCGCCAGAGGCGCUUUAAUAAUAAGGUUUCCAGGAAGGAGACCAAGGUUGCAGGCAGACGAGGGGCUUCUGCCAGAGUGUCCUCCAGUGGGCCGAUUGCUGCGAGAACCCAUCAGCUGGUUGGCCGAAGUGGUGCAGGAGCUAGAAAGCGGUCGAAAAAAGGCACAAAUACAAUAGGCGAUGGUUCAGCAGAAGCAAGGAAUAUAUUACUGGCGACAAGAAGACUGCCUCCUAAGCUUUCACCAGCUGAUUUAACUAUAGUAGGAAAGAUCCUUAAGGAGGAGCCGAUCCUAAAUCAGAUACCCUCGCAUGUGGCCAGAAUGAGUAAAUAUCUCUCCCUACAAUUAGGCCGCACUUGUAAGUAUUCUCUGUAUGACUUCCUCAUUCCAGCUUCUGCUCUCGCUAAGCCCGGCACUUAUCGCGGGGCCGCCACAGUUAAAACUAAUGGCAAGCGUGGUGGUCGUCGUGGAGGGAAGAGGUCUUUAGCUAACGGGGCAUCAGGAGCUAUGGAUGCUGGGGAAGAAACAGAUCAGGGCGAAGAAGAAGAAGAAGAAGGUGACGAAGAAGAGGCCGACGAAGCAGAAUGUGAAGGAGAAGAGGCAGAUGCUGAAGAGGAAGGAGAUGUAGAUGUAGAAGAGAGAGAAGACCGCGGUGAAGAAGACAGUAAGAACGAAAAAAAUAGAAGCGUGGCAACAAUGGUUUUCAAUGAAACUACUUUAGCUAUCAAUGCAGACGUUAUUAAACCUGAGCAUUCAGUCUCACAUGAAAAAUUAUACUCUAAAGUAAGCCUUAUUCCUUUCUUUAUUAGUAACAAGCUCAACUAUGCCGAAAAUUUGGUUUUCGAAGAAUCCCUUAAUAGACUGAUGUUGGAGUACCUUUCAUUUCGUUUGAAGGGGCAAAUGAAAGGGAUUCGCAAGUUGGCCUCACCUGAAACUAGGAGGAUUGCCUUGGAGCUGUGA